AUGCAAGUGCAAGCGGAGCUGAAGCUACACUUCUCAACAUCAGGCUACACUUCUCAACAUCAGCUACACUUCUCACCCUCAGGCUACACUUCCGAAGCGCCUAAUACGCUUUCAGUUCUAGCAAUACCCCCGCCAAAUUUCACACCUUGUAAAUCAACAGAUAUUAAGGUUCCAAGCUCCUUUCCAAGCGUCAACCCAAAGCAUACGCUCUUAAGCCCCGAUCCACAAAAUCGACCUCAACACCUAGACACUCAAUUAGCGCCAGACUCUAUCAACCUAGGCGACAUAGGACGGACAGAGAGCUCAGGAGAGCAAGCAAAAAAUAAGAAGACAGCCGCAUCAACAUCUCGCAACGACCAACACCGAGAGUCAACGCAGACAGCGGACGAGGGCGCAAUCAUGCCGAAAACGGUAGAAGAUCUUCACAAGAAUAGGCUCCUAUGGUACAAGCUCCACAUCUUCAUGUAUGAUCAUCGAAAUUUUCGUUCCAACGAAGUGAGCCGUACACGCCUCGACAUACUAUAUUUCUCUGAUGACGAAGCACGAACGCUGCGGAACACAACUAUUAAGGGAGGAAGUGCAUUGCAAGAAGACCAUUAUUUUUUUUUCAGCCUAAAACUCCCAGCAAGGCUUCAGAGUAGAGCAAAGUCCAGUACGAUUACAGGAUCUGCGCCGCCCAUGAUGUGGCUCCGCUUUUUGAGAAGGCGUUUGGUGUGA